UGUUUUGUGAACUGAAAGAAGGAACUCGCUGCCAACCAUAGCGAUCAUAUUACAUUACUUAAUGUAGGCCUAUUUUAAUUCCUAAUUCUAUUCUGCCAACCUUCGGAGCGCCCUGACAACACGCCUAUUACCGUGACAUCAAGUGAACCAAGUGAUAUUCUGACAGCCUACACACCGAUUAGUUUAGCAGAAUCUCGCAGACAAAGAAGGACGGAUUUUGCUCGGGACAGUCAGUGCGUUCCCAGAGCGCAGCGCGACAUGCCGAGCCGAUAGACCAACACACCUACACACACACUGAUGGUUUGCUGUUGGGUCCGUGUGCUCGGGAGUAAGAGACAGAAAAAAAGCAAACGCGUGAGCACGCACAGGCACUGAGACAGCUGCGAACACAAUCCAGCACAGUGCCAUAAUUAUCCAGCUGUAGGCUAUCGUAGCAUACUCUUGUGGGUCUCCUUGUCGUUUUUUUUACGCGCGUCCUGGAGGGGUUCUCGACGGUUGGGUAGAUUACGUCCGACAUGUCAACGGUUACAGCUUCGGUCGUUGAUGUUUCCAGAACUAUUUAUUCAACCAAAAACGGCAACCGUGGCCGUAAUUAUACAGGCCAGUGCACGCCCAUGCCCCAGCCCGCCCUGGGCACCCAGAAGAUCAUUCAGGGGAAUGGCACCAAUGUGGGCACGGUGAUCACCCUGCAGUGCCCAUCCAGACACCAUCUGGUGGGGGGAAAUGAGGUGUCCUGUGUUUGGGGCAGCAACAGUACCCAGUGGUCAGGAGGCUCUCCAUGGUGUAAACCGGUGUCCCCGUCGGAAGACUUUGGGUUCCGUGUGGCAGUGGUGGCAUCCAUCAUCAGCUGUGCCAUUAUCCUCCUCAUGUCCAUUGCCUUCAUCACCUGCUGUCUGCUCGACUGUGUCACGGAGGAGGAGAAGAAGAAGGAGGAGAGGGAGACGCGUCUGUGGCACCAGCUAGAGCAAGUGGAACUGGAAGAGAACAGGGCCUCUCGCUAUGGCCACAAUGGCAGGAACAACAAUAACAACACCCAGGAGAAGGCACUUACACCAUGGGUCAACCAUGACCCUUCAAUGUGUGACAAUAAGAGACCCAGCUGGUAUCAUCAGUACCCCUAUGCUCUGACUGGUCCAGUCCAGGCCUCCCCCACUGGCCCAGCCCUCAACUCAGCUCCUCUUCCCUGCAGAGGCUACAACCAGCCCAUCCUCCCACACAUCUCAGGCCUCUACCACAACCCAGGUCUGCCACACAAUCCGGGCCUACUUCAAAACCCUAUCCCAACCCAGUAUCCAGGUCCACCUCGGACCACGGGCCAGGUUCCGAACCAAGUGGUACCCCCAGGCUCAGGCCUGGUCAGGCAGUAUAGAGAACAGGAGGGCAGUGUAUCUCCACUUCUGGAGAAGCCCUACAGGAUGUGUCGACACCCCCUCUAUGUCAAGGAGCGCCCCGUACGGGUCAUAUCCGUGUGAGGUCACAACCAGGAAGUGACUGAACAUAGACCUCAGGGUCAUGGAUAAACUGAACAUCAACCAGCUGGAAACUAUAUCCAAAAGGAAAGAGGACCACCUGAAUUGUUAUCAAGCCUAUGCCAUUAUUAAGCAGGCACCAAUGAAUAUCGCCGGACUCAAUGACCACAUGACCAUUUAUUAGUCAUUUGACAUUGACCUGCAGUAGACCAUUCAGUGACAAGGCAGCAUUUAUAGGGUGCAUCAGACAUGUGCCUUAAACGCAGACCCUAUCCCUCUGUACACUGCCCGAAGCGGAAAGUUGCGCUUACAGGGGAGAACUGUCUUUCUUCCAUAGGAAUCACUUAUUAUGUUGCUGCCUGAUUUCACAGUGUUCCUCCUGGAAAUGUACAAUAGUAAUAAACAUGUGCACAGUAAAUAUUUCAGUUCUGAAAUGGAAUGUCCUGUAUCUCUGAGCCAUGAACUCUAGUAAUUAUGAUUCUGGAAAGAAUCAUGUUGUACAGUAUUCAGCAUUUUUUUUAUGUUUGAUGCUUCUGCUUUGAUGGAUCAAGGGUUAGCAUGUGUAGGUCUACAUUUCCCAAUCCUGUUGUGUACAAUGUGGGAUGGUACUUCAUGGUAUAAAUAACUCUAACAUGUUAUUCUGUACUAUUGGAAUGUGAAGGGAAUUUUGUGAUACUUUUUAAAAUUUUCCUAUAGCCUACUGACAAUGAUGGUACGUUGUGCAAGUUGAUUAGUCCCACUGCAGAUGGAUUGACAAUUAAUCAUGUAAUAAAUGAUAUGUCCUUGAACUUUUCCAAUCAAUGAACAAAAAUGUGGCAGAACCUUGCAUGAUCAUCAGUUAGGAAUACGAUUGUAAAGGAGUUUUUACCAAAAUAAUCGAAUCGAACCAAAAUAGUCAGUCACCGAGUUAGGAUGAGAGGUUUGCCGUCAAUAAAACAACCAAUCAAUGAACAGACUAUUUUUGAGUGAUCCAAGAGACUCAAUAUUAUACUCAUGUGGGUGCCAUAUAAAACAUAUAUAAGUUACAUAGGCUACAGUGUAAUUACAGUGUAGGUACACAUUCUUGCAUAUUUUAGAUCUCAGUCAGUGACGUGACAAAUUAAUUGUCAUUAGUGCACCACUACAGUGGGGUCGGGGUGUUCGGCCGGGUGUGCGGUCAUCACGGGAAGAGCGUCAAAUUAGGGAGAGGAGAAAGUUAGCGAAGAGGCAGUCAUUGGCGGCGAAGAGGCAUCCGUUUUCUUCCAUGGCAGGUUAUUGAAUUUGAAUAUAGCUUUUGUGGCUUUUGAUUUAUGGGUGAAUCAUGAGCUGCAGAGUACAAUCUGUCACAACUGUCCACUAUGUCUUCUCACCACCCCGGAACCUGUUGCAUGCUGACCUUCUCAAGCUACAACAACUCAAACGAAAGUAUUUAGUAUUUAACUUCAUUAUUUUACCAACAUGAAAGUAGAUCCAAAAUAAUUGCAAGUGCUGUAAAUUAGAUUUUAGAUUUUAAUGUUUAGGCCUAUAUUGGCUAAACAUUAAUAAAAUCAGGACCCUGUCUUUCAAAGAUAAUUUGUAAAAAUCCAAAUAACUUCACAGAUCUUCAUUGUAAAAGGUUUUAACACUGUUUCCCAUGCUUGUUCAAUGAACCAUAAACAAUCAAU